GAGGAAGCGGACAACAAAACCUGAAGAAGAGGAGGGUGAGCAGUUCUCGAUAUGUGUUGGUUACGUGACUAGUUUUGUAAUAAAUAAUUUGAUAAGAAGAAGCGUUUAUCUGAGAUCAUGGUGCUGCCGGUGCUCCGGAUGAUCGGGUCGUGUCGCUGUCAAACCGCCUGGAGGAACUUCCAGCAGACACAACGAACCCCUUUGAGACAAUGGCUGCUGAAGAGAAGACAGACCACAGUGACCACAGAAAGUGUGUCAGCCAGAUCCGUGUCGAUCCCCAACGCAGCGACGAAUCGUGUGAUUGGCCGCUGGCUGCUGGGCUGCAGUGGGCUGGUUCUGGGCGCUGUGGUGCUGGGAGGAGUUACGAGAUUGACGGAGUCCGGUCUGUCGAUGGUUGACUGGCAUUUGGUGAAAGAGAUGAAGCCGCCACAGACUCAAGCGGAGUGGGAAGAGGAGUUCUCCAAGUACCAACAGUUCCCAGAGUUCAAAAUCAUGAAUCACGACAUGACUCUGAACGAGUUUAAGUUCAUCUUUUACAUGGAGUGGGGUCACCGCAUGUGGGGCCGGCUGGUGGGAUUAGCCUACAUCGUUCCUGCGGUGUAUUUCUGGAGGAGAGGAUACUUCAGCCGCUCCAUGAAGGCUCGUGUUGUGGGUCUUUGUGGCUUUGUGGUCUUCCAGGGUCUUCUGGGCUGGUACAUGGUGAAGAGCGGCCUGGAGGAGAAGCCCGAGUCGUACGACGUUCCCCGUGUCAGUCAGUACAGACUGGCGGCUCACCUGGGCUCGGCUCUGCUGCUGUACUGCGCCAGUCUCUGGACGGGACUCACGCUCAUGCUGCCGGCCAACAAGAUUCCUGACAGCAGACAUUUGCUUCAUCUGAGGCGGUUUGCCAAGGUCACAGGCGGUCUGGUCUUCCUCACGGCUCUCUCAGGUGCUUUUGUUGCUGGACUGGACGCAGGUUUGGUUUAUAACUCUUUCCCAAAGAUGGGCGAGCGCUGGAUCCCUGACGAUCUUCUGGCUUUUUCCCCCACCAUCAAGAACGUGUUUGAAAACCCCACAACGGUUCAGUUUGACCACCGCAUUCUGGGCAUCGGCUCACUGACGGCCAUCACAGGACUCUACCUGUUCUCCAGACGCGUCCUCCUGCCCCGCAGAGCAAAGAUCGCGAUCGGCUGUCUCACAGCCAUGGCCUACACACAGGUGGUUCUGGGCAUCAGCACGCUGCUUCUGUAUGUUCCCACACCGCUGGCCGCGACGCAUCAGUCCGGAUCCGUGGCACUGCUCACCUUCGCCAUCUGGGUCCUGGUGGAGCUGCGGAAGGUGCUCAAGUAGAUUGAGCUCAGAUUUUAUAAUAUAAGAAGGUAUUUAUUAAUAAAUGAUGCUUUAGGCAGCCAUGGCAUGAGAGCUUCAUCUUGAGUUUUUGGUUUAUAUGAAGUGCUUAUAGACCCAACACAUGAUGUAAGUGUGAAAUACAUUGAUUAAACUAUUUAAUUUUUUUUUACUAUUUGUAUGUGUUUUGUUUAUGGAAAAAAAAGUUUAUACUGUAUGACUUCUUAUUUCAACUAAAUAAAAUGAUCUGUUUUUUUUUCUUUGUUGCUUUCCUGAUGACAUUCAUUGCACAUGGAGUAAUUAAGUAAAUUUAACUAUUUCCUGAUGUGAUAGUAUGAGAUAAGGUGUUGUAAUAUAUAUUAUGGAACACAAGAACUGUACUUUCGAUUUGUUGUAAUGACCUGCUGUGCAUUUAUAGUGGUUUAAAUUAAAUGAAAUUAUCAUAAUAAUCAUAAUAAAAAUUGACAUUUCUUGUUUUUUUAUGGAA